AUGCCAAACUAUUCCAAGCUGCUGGGGAAGGAUCUUCUCGUUGGUCAGCAUCACGUCCAAAACCAUGGAGGUGCCGCACACUGUAGCCGUGACUUCCACGAAUUCUGCAAGGAAGGCUAUGAUUAUGUUUGUGACACGACGGAGCCCACCCUGCACUGGAGCAAGGAUUGCGGCGUGAUGUACUACCUUUCGCCAGCUGCUGGCACUGGCUGGCACGUCUAUAAGUACAUGCUUGGGCAGCCGCCAGGUGACUGCAAGGUGGGGGAACACUGCCACGCUUGCGCCGAUCCCCCUGGCAAGGUGUCUUGCACUGUCAAGCUCCAUGGUGGCGAUUGCAAGGAGAUGGCUGCCACACCUGCAGAGUUUGGCACCAAUGUCUCAGCGCCAGGGAUGACCAAGGUCUCCUUCAUCUGA